AUGCCUCUACGUCUCCCUCCGCAGACACAGGCUCUUAGCAGCCCGACAUUCAGGCCUCCUCCUCUCGACGGCUCAUUGACCCUGCCUGAGAUGUACGACAUGCAUUACAGCCACACCCCACACCAUCCUCUCUUCGUCUUCGCGGAUAGCCAAGGAGUUACCCAUGAGAUACUAUGGCCUACCGCAGUAUGCGCAGUGCAUCAAGUCGGUCAUAUUCUAUGGCCAAGAGUCGGCAGUCCCAUUUCAGCUGGCCGACGUCCCAUCGUAGCGAUUCUCGCAGCAUCUGAUACCAUCACAUACUUCACGGUCAUGGUCGGGAUCAUACGAGCCGGAUACGCGGCUUUUCUGAUCUCUACGAGAAACUCGUCCGCUGCCAUCGCUCAUCUCCUGGGCAAAGCAGCAAGCGGCCUAGUCAUCACCGCUUUCAUGCCGUGCACUCCAGCUGUCGCUCCCACACCCGAGAAUGUUAUUAAAGGAGCCCUCGACUGCGAAAGCGAUAUUGUUUUCUGUGUUCCGAGCUUCGCAGAAGCGUGGUCACGCAACGCAGCAUAUGUCGACAGUUGCCUUUACGACGGUGGCCCACUUUCUAAGGAAGCGGGCGAUAAUCUUACUCGAGAGGGUGUUUCUGUGUUUACACUCUAUCGAUGGUAA